AGGUCUCGAAACCACAAGCUCACCCUAUAAAUAUCAAAAUAUAUAGCCAUUUUAUGCACUGCAAGAAAAGAACAAAGUUUUCAAAAGAUGGAGCAGAAUGGUAAUCCUCCUAGUCCUAGAAAGAAAAAAGGAGGGCUUGUCACAAUGCCUUUUAUCUUUGCUAAUGAGGUUUGUGAGAAGUUAGCUGUGGUGGGUUUCAAUACAAACAUGAUAAGUUACCUAACAAAAGAGCUUCACAUGCCAUUAACCAAAGCUGCUAACACUCUCACUAACUUUAGUGGAACUGCAAGCUUGACACCAUUGCUUGGUGCUUUCAUUUCUGAUUCUUAUGCUGGAAAAUUCAUGACUGUUACCGUUGCUUCCAUUAUAUACCAGAUAGGUAUGAUUAGUUUAACAUUAUCAGCAGUACUUCCACAAUUAAGACCACCUCCAUGUAAAGGGGAAGAGGUAUGCCAAGAAGCAAGUACAGGACAGUUAGCAAUACUCUAUGUAUCACUUUUUCUAAGUGCACUCGGGUCGGGUGGAAUCCGACCCUGCGUGGUUGCAUUUGGAGCCGAUCAAUUUGACGAAUCGGAUCCAAAUCAAAAAACAAAAACAUGGACAUAUUUUAAUUGGUAUUAUUUCGUGAUGGGAACAUCCAUCCUUGUGGCUGUGACUGUUCUUGUUUACGUUCAAGAUAAUGUUGGAUGGGGGUGGGGCCUAGGAAUCCCCACAGCGGCAAUGUUUAUCUCAAUUAUUACAUUCAUAGGUGGGUAUAAACUUUACCGGAACUUGAACCCGGAAGGAAGCCCGUUUACCCGACUUGUGAAAGUGGGUGUGGCUGCUUUUCGUAAGAGGAAGAUAACGAAAGUGCCUAACUCUAAUAUGUUAUACCAAAAUCAUGAACUUGAUGCUGAUAUUGCUUUGGGAGGAAUGUUGCUUCAUUCUCAACAGUUCAAAUUUUUGGACAAGGCAGCAAUAGUGACAGAGGAAGACAAUAUCAAAACACCAGACUUAUGGAGGCUAUCCACAGUCCACAGAGUGGAAGAGUUAAAAUCAAUAAUAAGGAUGGGACCAAUAUGGGCAUCAGGCAUCAUUCUAAUCACAGCAUAUGCCCAACAAGGCACGUUCUCCCUUCAACAAGCCAAAACAAUGAACAGACACCUCACCAAAUCCUUCCAAAUCCCAGCUGGAUCCAUGUCAGUAUUCACAAUCCUCACCAUGCUCACCACAAUCGCCCUCUACGACCGCGUCUUAAUCCGCGUCGCCCGUAAGUUCACCGGUCUCGACCGUGGUAUAACCUUCCUCCAUAGAAUGGGGAUUGGAUUUGUCAUCUCACUUUUCGCCACCUUUGUCGCUGGUUUCGUGGAAAUCAAGCGGAAAAAGGUAGCUAUGGAAAAUGGACUAAUUGAUCAUGCAAAUGAGAUAAUCCCAAUCUCAGUCUUCUGGCUUGUGCCACAGUAUAGUUUACAUGGAAUGGCGGAAGCUUUUAUGUCAAUAGGGCAUUUAGAGUUUUUCUAUGACCAAGCUCCUGAGAGCAUGACAAGCACAGCAAUGGCAUUCUUUUGGACUUCUAUUUCACUUGGAAAUUAUGUGAGUACACUUUUGGUUACCUUGAUUCACAAGUUUACUGCAGGGCCUAAUGGUGAAAAUUGGCUUCCAGAUACGAAUAUCAAUAAGGGCAAGCUGGAAUACUUUUAUUGGCUAAUCACAAUCUUGCAGUUUUUUAAUCUCAUUUACUACUUGUUUUGUGCUAAAAUGUACACCUACAAGAAAAUUCAGGUCCAUCAUAAAGAGGAUAAUAGUUCAGAAGAGAAUCACAUUGAGCUUAGUAACACAGUUUAAGUAAAAGUUUAUAAGGAUUAUUCAUGAGUUGCUUAGAUUUGGAUUUGAUCAUUACACUUAUUGUAUUAGGAGGAAUGGAUCUAUGGACCUGCAUGUACCUUUUGCUGAACACAUAUGUAAAAUAAAUAAAAAUGUACUUUGUGUGUUCUCUUUUA